UAUGAGACCGAGGCACCUUUUCAUUACAUUAGAGGAAAUGCCUUAGUAGCAUGUGAGGAACGUGUUUGCUGGCCUCAAAUGCUAGCCAGCUACCUAAUAUUUAGGAAAACGAUUUUCUUUGGCUCGAGUUAUGCUAACCCGUUUGCAAUCUCUAGAGCAACUUGCUAGCUUGCUGGGUUAUUUGGCUAGUUAGCUACUGCCAUCAGUUGUGUUUAGCAUAUUUUUCCUGUUCCACCGUUUGCAGAAUGCAUACUGGCAUUUUGAAUAUAGCGCGGGAGAAGGGAUUCCGGACACUGGACACAUUUAAAUGUAGAUGCAUGACGCGUUUGGAAUUCCAUGAUAGAACUCAAAUCAGAAUACAUAAAGCUGCAUGAACUGUCAAGUCUAGACAUGGCCUUUGUUUCUCCACUGACUCGUGAAAGUGGUCCAAAUCGUUUCCCGUAGUGGGUAUCCUAGCAACAAUGCGAACGACAUCGAUGUGAAUUAACUUGCUUCUGAAAAGAUUGUUUACAAGAGCUAACGUUAUGGAUUAUGAAACUCCAAAGAAUCAGAUGCCCUCUCCUCGGAUUUAUGUGGAGAGAACUCUCGCAUUGAUCAAACCCGAUGCUAUACACCAAGCUGAGGAGAUUGAGGACAUCAUUCUCCGAUCUGGGUUCACUAUUUUACAGAAACGGAAGCUGCAGCUGAGUCCGGAGCGGUGCAGUGACUUCUAUGCUGAGCAGUAUGGGAAGCUGUUCUUCCCCAGCCUAACGGCCUUCAUGAGCUCUGGACCCAUCAUCGCCCUGGCUCUGGCCAGAGACCAGGCUAUCGCCCACUGGAAGACCAUCAUAGGACCUGUUAACUGCACCAAGGCCAGGGAGACUCACCCAGAAUGUCUGCGAGCCAAGUACGGCACCUCUGACCUGAGGAAUGCAGUGCACGGCAGCGACUCGUUCUCCUCAGCCGAGAGAGAGAUCAAGUUCAUGUUUCCCAACUCUGUGAUUGAGCCCAUCCCCAUGGGAGAGGCAGCCAAAGACUACCUGGGCAGGUUUGUGAGCCCCACACUGCUCAGCGGACUCACUGAGCUCUGCAAACAGAAGCCUGUUGACCCCUUUACUUGGCUGGCAGGUUGGCUGGUCAGAAAUAAUCCCAACAAACCGAAAAUAUUUGAUGGGGCAACAGGGGAGGAAGCAGCAUAAACACAGAGACCGGAAAAUACCAUAUGCCUUCACCAGUUAAAUCCAUGUUCAAGAAACUGUGUUACAUAAAAUCCUGUGAUUAAAUAAAGGAUGAAAUUUUAACAACA